GAGCCGUAUGUGAAAAAAGGCAUAGGAAGCUGCUUGGCCUGCUGUGUUCAUCCAGCUCUACACCUUGUUAUCUCGGAUUCUCCAGUAUCUGCAGUCCCUAUUAUCUCUGAUAGGAAGGGAAGUCAUGGUGAAUUUUUAUCAACUGGUUUGGCCUCAGCUCGUGUUUUGACUCUCGUAUUGUGUACCACACAAUAGGAAAGUCUCUGGAACAGACAUACAAGAAUGGUUCCAUGGAUUUUCAUUUUUACUUGGUUGUGGGUAUUGUUGUCUAGACCACUGUUUAUUGUUCAUCCCUGAUUGCUCUUGGGAAGGUGUUGGCGAGCUACCUUCUUAAACUACGGUAGCGCUUGGGGUACAAGAACAUCCACAGUUCUGUUAGAGAGGAAGUUCCAGGAUUUUGACGUAGCAUCAGUGAAGGAAUGACAAUAUAGUUCCAAAUCAGGAUGGUGUGUGUUUUGGAGGAGAACUUGCAAGUUCUCGUGUACCCAUGUAUCUGCAUGUAUCUUUCUAGGCCAUAGAAUACACUGGUUUGGAAUGUGCUUUUAGAAAUGUUUUCGUGAACAACUGCAUUGCAUCUUGCAAAUGGUACAAAACUGUCCCCCUGCAUCUGUGUUGAAGGAGGUGAAUAAUGGAAUGCUAAUCUAGCAAGCUGAUUUAUUUUGGAUGGUGUUGAGCUUCUUGAGUUUUGUUGGAAUUUCCAUUUCAAUCUUAAAUGUUGUUUUGAUGCUGAAGGUAUAACGUUUGCCACUGUGAUGAGCAGUUAUGUUUUCUUUGUAAGUGCUUCUGUGCAUUUUAUUGCAUAUUUUAACUAGAGGUGAGGUAGCUGAACUUUCCAACAGAAGAUGCAGAGAAAAAUCAACUUUAAUACAUGAGAGAUGCAGAACCAGGAAUCUGUGAAGAUAUAACAUGGUUAUCAAGCUAUUCUUUCCAAGUUGCUGCCUUGAAGCAGAAAGUGGCCUCCUAAUAGGCCGUUGGAUUCCAGAGCAGAAUGCUGCAGUUGUCCUGGCAAUUAUUCACUAUCCUUUCAUCCCUGGCCAGGUGAAACAGUGCCUUCAGCAGAUCAGAGCUGUAACAAACGUAGAUGUUUCUGUGCUCGGAACUUGGAACAGCCAUAAGUCUCGGGCAAAAGAAGACCUUGGCCAGUUUCUGGAAGACCUGAGUUCAAUCUUUCCCCAUGAUCUGUGGUUCCAGUUGACACAGGGGAAAGAGAGAAAAUCAGUUUUUGACUAUGAAGUGCUUCAAAAAGGCAACAAGAACAACAAGAAAAAUGUCAUCUUAAUCCACUAUGAUCAACGCAAGGUGAUGCUGUCAAAAUUGCAUCCUCUGGACACCGAAAUUCCAGAAGAUGAUAAUCAUGCUGGAGUGAUGUCAGAAGUUCUUACCUCAGACUUUGCCACAAUAUUUGAUACUGUUGCUAAAUGCGAGUUGUUUUUUGUCAUUGAUAAGUAUGACGAAACAGUGAUUAAGUUUACUCAUUGGCAGUCAGAAGGAAGAGAAGCUAGUGUUGUUGUGGAACUUUUGAAACAAGCAUCAGUUCCUGCGUGUGUGGUACUUUCCUUCCUGCUGUCUUUUAUAUCCAGCAUCUGCAAAAGCAGAGUGUUAAACAUCUGGCCUCUGUGUUUUUUAUGGAGUAAACUCUCAACCUGUGUGCAGCUUGCACAUCGCUUGGAUCACUUGCAAACUAUCUCAAUGACUGCAAAAGCACAGAGUCACUCAGAGUUUAUGAGAAAAGCCAACCUGUUUGUUUCAUUCUUAAUUGAUGUGGCUCUUGGAUUGUUGUUGAUCUCCUGGCUUUAUGAGAAAAAUCGAAUUGGCCAGUUGGCAGAUGCCCUUGUUCCAGUUGCUGAUCAUGUUGCAAAGGAGUUGCAGGAACUGCUAGAGUGGCUGAUGGGAGCUCCUGCUGGUUUAAAGAUGAACAAAGCACUCGACGAAGUGCUGGGACGCUUCUUCCUGUAUCACAUACACCUUUGGAUAAGUUAUAUCCAUCUGAUGUCUCCAUUUAUUGAGAUGAUCCUGUGGUAUGUUGGAUUAGCAGCAUGCCUUGGUUUGACUGUCGCCUUGUCCAUUGUUUCAGACAUCAUUGCUCUGCUGACGUUUCACAUCUACUGCUUUUAUGUAUAUGGGGCCAGACUCUAUUGUUUGAAGAUCUAUGGCUUAUCAUCUCUUUGGCGAUUAUUUAGAGGGAAGAAAUGGAAUGUUCUGAGGCAGCGUGUGGACUCCUGCUCAUAUGACUUGGAUCAGCUGUUUAUUGGAACCCUGCUGUUCACCAUUCUCCUCUUCCUCUUGCCAACUACAGCCCUCUACUACCUUGUGUUUACACUGCUAAGAUUGGUGGUGGUUGUCAUUCAGGGUCUCAUUCACCUGUUCGUGGACUUCGUUAACUCUCUCCCACUGUACGCAUUAGGACUUAGACUGUGUCGACCUUAUAGGCUUGCAGCUGGUGUUAAGUUUAAAGUUUUUCAGAUGGUUACUGACAAACCUCUUCACUUAUUAAUGCAGAUUAAUCCCCUGACCUACGGGAUGAUAAUCAGAUAUUACAGACUGCCAACCUACAGCUGUUAUCCAAAGGACUCGUGGACAACACUGUGUCAGAAACUGUUCCUUGGGGAACUGAUUUAUCCCUGGAAACGCAAAACAGAGAAACAAGACUGAGAAAAUACAGCCAGAAACCAGCAGUCUUAAUGAAUAUGUCCAUGACUAGUUUCCUGCGUUAUGUCUGCAUUGCCAUUUAUUUCAAAGAGGAGAGGCUUUUCUUUUGUAAAUUUUUUAAAACAGAAGUUAUAAAUUUGAAAUUGUUGAUUGUCGCUAGUGCCAAAAUUAUGCUGCAAAAUUAUCAGUACAUUGAUGUAAUAGAGUUCUUAAAAUUGUGAAAGCUUAAAAUGUCAUUUGGGAUUUGAAGAAACCAUGUCUCAAAUUACAAUUUCACACUUUAUCUCUUCUAUCACAGCAAAAGCAUUCCUCCUCCCCCUCCUCCAAUUUUAUUGGGUGCAAUUUUCAAGUUCUGUAAGAAUGCACUUCAAUUUGCUAUAAACUUGAAACAUUAAUGCACUGCUUUUAGACAAAUCACUUUCUAUGCAUUCUGUUUGUGUUUUGUGACAUCUCUGUAUAUUAGUUCUUUAAUAUAAUUUCCUAAUAACAUGCUCAUUUUCAGUGUACAGCUGUACCUGCAUCAGUUUCAUAUCUAGCCAAAUUGAUGCAUUCAGAUCUAAAUUCAAGGAUAUUAUUUUUGUGUCAAUUGCAGAGAUACUUAAAAGUGAAGCUCCACGCAUUUUUCAGAUUUCUGCCAAAUGUUCAGAACUCUCUAUUGCCCUGUGGUGGAAUCGUCAAGCUGAAUAAUUGACAUUUUAUAUAUUGCCGUUGCUUACAGUAUUGUUUUUCAGGGACUCACAUAAUAUUGACCUUAGUAAUUUUUUAAACUACGUCAUGCAAUAGUUUUAAAUCUUGUUUCUAUGAUUUACAAAAUACCAUAUUUUGGGUACAUUACCCAAUCAUUACUUCUGUUCAUUGCGUUGCGUAAGAUCAAAUGAGUACCCAUUUUUCUCAAAGCAUUUAGAAUCAUAGGGAUCUACUGCAUAGAAAUAGGCCUUUCAGUCCAGCUCGUCCAUGCCGACCAGACAUUCCUUAACUAAUCUAGUCCCAUUUGCCAGCAUUUGGCCCAUAUCCCUCUAAGCUCUUCCUACUCAUGUACCCAUCCAAAUCCCUUUUAAUUGUUGUAAUUUUACAAGCCUCCACCACUUCCUCUGGCAGCUUAUUCCAUACACGCACCUCCCUCCGUGUGAAAAAGUUGCCCCUUCGGUUCCUUUUAAAUCUUUCCCCUUUCACCUCAAACCUAUACCUCUCGUUUUGGACUCCUGCAAAUUCUGUUCAUUGGCAAGUUUCUGAAGGGCUCUGAACAGGGUUAGAUGUACUUUUAGAUAAUCUAACGAAUCACAAUGCGAAACAUCACAUUGCCCUCAUUUCCCUGCAAGCAUUUACUGUAAUAGCAGUAUUACAACAUUUGACUGUGUCUUGGUACAGAAUACCUAUGAGACCUUUCCAGUAAAUCUCUCACAUUCAAUGUAACUGCGCCCCUCCCUUUACAAAAGAGAUUGCCACUCAAAGUUACUGAAUUUCAAAAUUCUGAAUGGCUGAAAAUUUCCUCAGAAUUUUAGCAUAUUACAAUCAUUUUCUCUGAAAUUAUAUUUCUGAUGUUUAUUAGCAGCAUUGUUUUCUUAUCACUAAGAUCAGCAAUAUUUUUUCUGCAUCUGUGAAUGCAUAUUCAAGAUAUCAGAAUAAAUUGCAUCACAAAUUGUAAAACUUGUGCAUUUGCUUUUUGUUUGCAUUCUGUCCCAAAUAUGGAUUGAUGGUGGUACUGUAAUUGCACACUUUAAUUUUUAUGCAUAAGUCGGAAUUUGAAGAGGACACAAUGGCAUUUUCUACCAGCCCCAAUUUCUCUGAUGAUAUUGUGCUAGUUUUUAUGUUCUGAGAUUCUCAGGAUGUUUUGGCAUAACUCUCCAGAUCAGCAUGAAUUCCAGGCUGUAUCUAUGAUGGAAAAAUUUCCUCUCGCUUCUUGCAGCAUUGUUACUUUAAGAAUUAUGCUCCCCAGGUUUUUGCACAGGGCCAAAUGUAUUAAAAAAGAUUAAUAUAGUGAAUAAAAUCUGAUCUGAUGUAGUUUGUACCUUUGUUUUUCUUCGGAAAUAUUUGCUGUUACAAUUUUAUUAAUUUCAGGUGAAAUCCAUUAAGCUGAAUUGCUUUGGUUUGUCAAAACUAACUCAUCACUUAAAUGCCAAAACAAUAGCAAAGUAUCUUAAUGGCACUGCCAAGAUUACAGUUUUAAAGAACUUUAGUCUAUUGCUCUGGGUUAAUGCAAGUCUGCUGCUGAACCAACUUUGUUAUAUAUUUAUAAUAAUUUCAGCCCACCCUUUUAUGUUGUAAAAUUGUUACUAGAUGAACUUUUCCCCAUAAAGCCUUUUU